GCAAUGGGUAGCUCGGAAGGAGGACCUUCUGGGGCAUCUGACCACUCAGACCGCUCAGCACACGCACCCACCCGUCGUCUUCGACGGGGCAGGAUCUUGGACUUGCUAUGCUCUGGAGGAGGGCAGUGGAAGCCAGAGGCCCUCGCCAGGAAUGGCCUCGCCCGAGGCAGCGCGGCGCGAGGAAGCGGCGAGGCCCGAGGGCGGCGAGAUCGAGCGCCCGGCAGCCGAUGUCGACGCGUGGCUGAAGGACAUCCUCGGGAGGAUCUCGAAGGAUGCGCGAGACGUCCUGGAGCUAGCAAGGACUCAGCGCCUGGGAGGGAUAAUGGUGCGGCAGGUGAUGGAGAGGGCCUCGGUGGACUUGGGUGGUGAGGGCGGUGACGAGGAGGACGGCGAAGAGGACGAAGAAACGAAGCUGAUGACGAUGAUCCUGGGCGAAGAGGUAAUCGAGAGGAUUGUAAAGACACUCCUCGAGGCGGCGACGGACGAGAGGAGGCUGGCGACGGCGGCGGAGGACCUGGUGAGCGCGAUAAAAGGACGCCUCGCGGAACCGGGAGCGGGCGAAGGAAGAACGGGGACCCUCGCAGAACACGCGACGAGGGAGAUAACGCGUCAGUUGGAGAACGCGGCGAAGAACAUGGACGAGGUAAGGAGACUGUGCAUGAGCGUGGACUGCAUGACGAAGCGAGCCAUGGCGAUGGUCAUGAGGAAGAUCCUGGCGGUCAUGAGGACCCGCAUGACUCUUGACCUCGAGAAGAGCGUGGAGAUGAGGGUGACGGUGAUGCUGUGCGACUUCGUGACGGACGAGCGACGGAGGGUACGGCUGGUCGACGGCCUCGUGGCCACGAUGAGGAAGGAGGAGGGGAGGAGGAGGAAGAGGGAGGAGGGAAGAGAGAAGGAGGGGGAGAAGCAAGAAAAAAGGAAUGGGGGAAAGUGAAGAAGAAGAAAA